UUUAAAGAGAAUGUAUAUCGCUAAGAUACUGUAAAAGAGUUCUGUCAUAGAAGGGAGAUACAAUAUGGAUCCUCUUGUAUUCUUUUUUCUAGUUUUAUCGAUUAUCACUAUAAUUAAAUGGUAUCUCAAAAGAAAAGAAAUAUUUCGAACUUUUGAAAAACUUAAUAUCCCUGGACCAAAGCCAUCAUUUUGGUUUGGAAAUAUUUUGGAAAUGAUUAAACUGGAUAAACAAUGUGAAUUAGAUUGGAUAAAAAAAUAUGGAUCCAUUUACGGUUAUUAUUUUGGAGUUAAUCCUGUUCUAGCAGUUAACGAUCCAGAAUUAUUGAAGCUCAUUCAAGUUAAAGAAGCUCAAAUUUUUCAUAAAAGAAACCCAUAUAUUCCAAUGUCUGCUGUGCCAAAUAAACUAUUUGGUAUUAGUAACACAAUAAAUGAUGGACCUAUAUGGAAGCAAACUAGAGACAUGAUAACUCCUAGCUAUACUACAAGCAAAUUAAAAAUGCUAACUCCUACAGUAAACCGUACAAUUGAAGAAAAUUGGAAAGAAGUUAGAGAGAUGAUUAAAAAUGGAGAAACGUUAGAAAUGAGAGAGAUAUAUUCCAUAUUAUUGGCAGAUAUGGCUUUUCAAACAACGCUUGGAGUUCGUGUUAAUAAUAAACAGAAAAUCGCCCGUUCGUUGGACUAUGCCUUUGAAACUAAUGCUUCAAAUACUAUUAAUUUUAUAUCAGCAUGUUUUCCAGAAUUUGGAGACUUUCUUUACUUCAUCAGAACUACAACUCAUAAAGUAAAGCGAUUCAUUAAUGUUCCAUCGAUGUUGGCUGUUGUCGAUCUUUGCAAAGAUGCAAUUUCUGCCAGACUCUCUUUGCAGAAGCAAGAAAAUUAUGCGGAUGUUCUCCAACAAAUGAUUAAUACAAUCUACAUAAAAAAUCAAGCAAAACCAGAAAAGAUUUCUAAAGACUCGGAAUCAAAAUCAGACACUUACAAGAAAUCAUUGUUAACACCUAUCAACUGUUUGGCUAAUAGUUUCUACGUGGCAAUUGCAACAUAUGACACUAUUCGUAAUCCAAUGAUGUUUGCUACUUAUCUAAUUGCUAAAUAUCCGGAAGUGCAAGACAGAAUCAGAGAGGAAAUCUUCCAGUUCAGCAAUAAAGAUGAGAGUAUUGACUAUAUUUCCUUAACUAAAAUGAAAUAUUUGGACCAAGUCUUUUGUGAAACUUUGAGAUUAUAUCCACCAGUUCCAACCUUCAGUAAUAGGAUUGCUGAGGAAGAUUAUAAAUAUAAAGAUAUAUUGAUUCCUAAGGGUAUGACAGUAUAUGUACCACAAUGGGGUCUUCACAGAAAUCCUGAGUAUUGGUCUGAACCUGAUGAAUUUAAACCCGAAAGAUUCGACGAUAAAUCUAAAGUGGAUCCUUACAUAUAUCAACCAUUUGGAAUUGGUCCAAGGCACUGCACAGGGAUGAGACCAGCUCAAUUAAUAGGAAGGUUAAUAUUAGCUAAUCUAGUCAAAAACUUCAAGAUUACUCUUUGUCCAGAAACAAAAGAGAUUGAAACCGAUAUCAGUCUUGUAAUUAUUCAUUCCAAGAAUCCUAUUUAUAUAAAAGCAACACCAAUAUGAUGUCUGACGAUAGGAAGUAUUCAUAAAUUAAUUAUUAUUACAUAUACCAAAUACUAUUCAUCUUCAUAAAUUAAUAUUUUUGCUAGAUACUGUCUUUCCUUCCUAAAUCUUCAUAAUUUACUAGAAAAAAAUUAUAUUUCAUUUCAUGGCUUAAAUUAAACUAAAUAAAUAAAUAAAUGUUUAGUGUUUGAAGUAACAUUUUCUUUUAAUUAAUGAAGUUUUGUAGGAAAUAAAUUUACUGAGACACACAGAAACUCUUUCUAUAGUUUUUUAUUUAGGCUGCAAGGCCGUAUUCCCCCGAAGGAUCUAAAAGAAAACCUGAGUGUAGCGAACACUAAUAAUUGAGUGCCGCCACGAAUAGCUAAGUGUAGAAGUUAGUGCCAAGUGGCUGUUAGUAGGAAGGCUUAUAUCUACUUAAUACUAAUAAAACUGAACGCGAGCGCGAAUCUUAAUACUAAACAGCUAGGCAGAAAGCGCGAAAUGCAAACGAACACAAUGACAAACUAUGUGACAAACCCGUACCAACUCAUGCAAAUGAGUUGGUACGGGUUGCAAGGCCAAUUGUACCCUUCAAGAAUAGCAGCUUUCAUUAAACUAUUCUUAAUGUGAUUGUACAGUACCUAUUGCAGCGAAAAACUGUGAAGUGGUGUUUUGUCCUCCUGAAUACCACAACCGUAUUGUGGAUUGUCUCCAAGGUUAAAUAUAUGUAUUACUUAAAGUUGCCGUGUCCUGUAAGUAGCUGAGUCAGGGUGUAACUAGAGUAAAAGUGG